AUGGCUCCUCUUCGUUGGUUGUCGUUAGUGCUCUGCGGAUCCAUCGCAGCUUUUGGCGCUUCCGACAACUCCAGCUGCCUGAGGACUCAGACAGAAUCAGCAGGAUCCGAAGGGGAAUGUGAGCCUCAAUCUCUUCUGCAGGCUCGGACACAUGACGCUCGUGGCCGGCAACUUCUCUCUGCGGGUCGUUGCUCCGCCGGUGCUACGGUGUCGUGCCCAGACAGUGGUACUUCGUGUGCAGGUAACCAAUGCUGCCCUGAUGGUACCGUCUGCCCUUCUGCAGAUGACAGCUUCACCGGAUGCCCCGUUCCGAAGAAGUCGCAAGACUGUACCACGUCGGGCGGUGGUUCAGUGACACCUGCACCUGCACCUGCACCUGCACCUGCACCCGUCCCGGCUCCGGCCAGCAAUUCGGCUGUCACUCUUGAUUGCUCAGGAGACGGAUUCAUCGAAUGCUGGACGUUCUUCACGGCACCAGACCCUACCCACGGCGACGUCGUUUACGUGGCUGAAAGUACCGCCAUCGACUUGAACUUGUAUUCCGUGGAAGACGGUGUUGUGUACCUGAGGAGCAUCGUGGGUGAGAACGCGCCGGCCAAGAGUAUCAGACUCCAAUCUCGAUCUGUCUACCAGGCAGGCCACGUUUGGCUGAUUGACAUCGCACACAUGCCCACCGGCCAGGGGACGUGGCCGGCUUGGUGGUCUUUCGGGCCUGAUUGGCCGAACAAUGGGGAGAUUGACACGAUUGAGACCGUGAAUAUUGAGAACAACGUGCAGUCUACUCUCCACACCUCUGCCGGAUGCUUCAUGUACAUCGACGGGAUCAGCACCCCGGACUGUGUUUCCGGGCAGGGACAAAGCGGCUGUGGCGUGAAUGCUCCCUACAACAGUGGGGGCCCGGGUUUCAAUGCAAACGGAGGCGGAGUCUUUGCCACCCAGUGGACCAAUGAGGGCAUCUACAUGUGGUUCUUCCCCCGUGGCCAGAUCCCUGCGGAUUUAGACCAGGGCAACACAUACUCAUGGGGCACACCUUAUGUGACAUUCCCGUUCUACAAUUGCCCUUCUUGGCAUUUCAACGACCAGCAGCUCGUGAUCAACUUGGACUUCUGUGGUGACUGGGCAGGUUCAGUGUUUCCAGGCGGGAACCAGGCUUGCAUCGAAUAUGUCCAGAACCCCGCCAACAAAGGGGCACUAUCGGAAGCUUAUUGGGCGAUCAAUUAUGUGAAGGUCUUGUUCUGA